GCUAAUUAAACUUGUAAUCCGGCAGCAUUAACAUGGCUCUUUGUUUUUUCCGACAGGGGAGGUCGGGGUCCUGAUCUGAGAAGGUAGUCGCCAUUGAAUGAAAAUCGAGUGUUCAUUCACCGGCGUCUUUGCCAGCACCCUCUCGCUGUGGUCUUCUCAUCGCCUCAUUUCGCUUUUCGAGAUGAGUAUGAACGAGAACGGCAGAUUCCAAGAAGACGAUAUCAUAAUUUUGGUACUGGGAUUGACUGGAGCAGGCAAAAGCAAGUUUAUCAAUACUGCUAUCGGGGAGCCCAGAACGCGCACGAGUAAGGGGAUGGCAUCAUGUACAUACGAGGUCGAGAAGUUUGAAGUACCCCGUUCUUCCGAGUCGAGCCCGCACCGCAUAUUCUUGGUCGAUACCCCUGGCUUCGAUCAUACAUACAUGGAGGAAUCAGAGGUAUUCGACCGAAUUGCUAACUGGCUAAAGGAUGUACAUGUGAAAAUCGCCGGCAUCAUAUUUCUGCACGAUAUAGCCCACGACAACUAUUCAUCGCUGAACAGUGCCAUUCGAAUUGUUCAAAGAAGGUUAUUAGGCUCUCAUCCGCUAAAUAAUGUUAUCCUUGCCACGGCGAACUGGAGUGAUAUUGAGCCAGGGGAGCGCCAAAAGCGAAUCGCGAACACCGAGUGGGGAAAUCUGAUAUCUCAGGGAGCUAGGGAUGAUCAAUUUUUGAACACGGAAGAAUCUGCCAGGGCGAUCAUCGAGUCCAUCGCCCAGCAGCCCUGGAAAGAACCUCUGCUAAUUCAGCGUGACAUAGGUGUUCCAAGGGUAUGUUCCUCAUCCACCAACUCCCCAACAGCUACAAUGUCAUCGAAACGGCCAGACAAGCACGGUAUUGAGGCAGCUGGCGAUGUGACACUGGCAAAGGACCAAUGGAGGGUCGAUGACAUCAUUAUACUCGUAAUGGGGCGAACUGGAGUUGGUAAAAGCACCCUCGUCAAUGAUGCAGCCGGGAAGGAAGUGGUCACGGUCGGCCAUGGAAUGAAGUCGUGUACAGCCGAUAUUCAACACGUCUUCUGUGAAUGUCCCGGCGAUCCCUCCCGCCGCGUAGUCCUUGUCGACACACCUGGUUCUGAUGAUACAUACAAAUCCGAUGAGGAAGUUUUGAGGCGCAUUCGCUGUUUGGCUGGCAAGUAUGGCCAGGACAUGAAGUUAGCCGGUAUCCUCUACCUUCACGACAUCACCCAAAGUCGGAUGUUUGGGACGACGCUCAGGGAUCUUGAUGUCUUUCGAAAGCUGUGCGGUGAAGAUGCAGAGAAGAACGUCAUUCUGGUGACCACAAAAUGGGCUAAUCUGAUUACCGCGAAUGAGGGACAAGCACGUGAACAAGAGUUGACGAGUGUCUUCUGGAAGGAAAUGAUGGCACAUGGGUCUACGACCACUCCGUUCGAUCGGUCGCAUCCGUGGGAUGUCAUGAAGCCCAUUCUCGCGAACAAGACAGUUGUUGACGCCAUCCAGAUUCAAAGGGAACUAGUUGACUGGGGAAGAAAGAUCCCUGAAACCGACGCAGGAAAGGCCUUAGCUUCCAAAGUGAAGAAACUGGAAGUUUCGCAUGGAAAAGUCAUCGAGGGAUUCAAGCACAACACUGAAGAUGGCACACAACUGCAACAAUUGAAGGAGAUUGAGAAAGAAGCUCGCGAACUCUUGAAACAACUUGAAGAAGGAACAUGCCAACAGUGAUUUGGCCAUAAGCACGGUCUCUGCUGUCACAGCCGGAGAGCAUGUCACUUAGUUGCAACGGUUUCUUUAUGGCCCUCUGGGACUAUCUGUACUACAUAGUACCCUUUGUAUGUUUUCUCGCAUGUCGCAGUCGAUUCCAAUCUUCGCUUAAAUCAAGCGACUGCGUCUUAAAUUAUUCGUUAUUAAUCUUGUUCUAUAUAUCACGCCGCAACCAAAAUAUAACUCCAUGUCUCUUGUCGCUUCCCUGCUUGGCAUUUGCAAUCUCCAAGGGGCCAUUGCAUGUUUGGCAUGUUUGCG